AUGGCUGUUUUCGCUGACCUGCUGGCAAUUCUCGCCAAAGAAUCGCUCAAACUGGCUUUUGUCGUACCAUUGGCCGCGCUUUGCCUCUACAUUUGCUUCAAUAUCUUCCUCCAUCCCCUCCGCAAUGUCCCGGGAUCUUGGAAAGCAACAAGCUCUCCUUUAUGGCUGUGGUACCACUCAUACGCAGGGGACGAGACGACCUCGGUUGAAGCCCUGCACAAGAUCUACGGCCCAGUCGUCCGAAUUGGCCCUAAUGACGUCGACAUUAGCGACGGCGCGGCUCUGGGACCCAUCUACUCUGAGAAGGGAGGUUUCCUGAAAACACCAUGCUACAGCAAUUUCGACUUUGACGGCCAUCCCACCAUCUUUUCGGCCCUUGAUCCUGCGCACAGGGCCAUCAGGUCAAAGGCGGUUGCAAGCAUGUUCAGCCCGGCUUCCAUCCGAAAGGAAGGCGAUCAGAUACUCAAGUCGUGUGUUGACAGACUGGUGACGCAUAUCGGACACGAAGCAGCGUCAGGAAAGCCGGUCAACAUGCUCAACAUGGGCAGAUGCUUAGCUCUUGAUGCCGUUACGGAAUAUCUACUUGGCAAGACGUACGGAGGUAUUGCCGAGCUCGAAGCGAGCAGGAACGUUGAAAAUUCUAGUAAGCUCUCGGCCAGCGAGUUCGUGGACACCUUUGUGGCUGUCGGGCGGUUCUUCCUGUUACCUAACUGGAUCUUCCACACCCUUGAAUGGGCUAUACCGAAGCUGUUCCCGGAUGAAAAAGUCGACGAGUCAAUGAACCUCGUCACAAGUUUCUGUAACCAGGUGGUGGCUGAGGCGGACAUUGAGAAGGACCAGACAUACCAGGCUCGCUUACUGCGUGCUGGCAUCGGCAAAGAAGAAGCCGCUGUUCAGUGUAUGGACCUGAUGUUUGCCGGCACAGACAGCACUGGUAUGAACUUUGGCGCCAUCUGCUGGCACUUAGCACAGUCGCCCUCGAUGUAUCAGAAGCUCAAAGACGAGCUCGCAUCACCAGGGGCUGCGCAAGCUGAUCCGCAGACUCUUCCUUACCUACGGGGUGUGGUGCGUGAGGGACUUCGAAUGUCCAUGGCAAACCCAACUCGCCUCCCACGCAUCGUACCACCUGGUGGAUUUUCAUUCACGACCAAGAUGCCAUCGGGGAAAAGUAAGACUUUUGAAUUUCCAGGCGGUACUUGGAUUGGAUGUGCACCGUUCAGUUUGCAUUUCAGUGAUGCCGUCUUUCCCCAUCCGAGAGCAUUCCGGCCGGAGCGAUGGGUUGAGCCUAGCGAGGGAAUGCUGCGGGACGCCAUUCCCUUUGGACUUGGGCCACGACAGUGUAUCGCUCGUAACCUCGCUUCGAGUGAGUUGUUCUGGGCGGUCAGGGCUCUGGGUAUAUCUGGGGUGCUGGACGGGGCUCGACCAACGGGGCUGAUGAAGGAUGGGAUCAUUGUUGACGAGUGGUUCAACUCCAAAGUUCCCGGUCACGCUAUCGAGCUGGUCUGGGAGUCGCUGUAG